AUGACGGAGUUUCUUUUAGUUAACAACGCAGAUAUCGACUCCAAGACGUACGGCGAAAUCCAAGCUGCAAUCCAUUACGCUGCAAAAAAUGGCGCCACUCGAUCAUUGAAGAUGUUGUUGAGUUUCCACGCAAAUAUAGAUACACUGGAUGCGAAACAAAGGACCCCACUGCAGGUACAAACUUUAAAGUCGUGCUAUAUUUAUCACACAAUAAUUCUUUCUUUGAGUUUGGUACCAGGUGUAUCUUUCAUUUUGCAGAUUGCCUCAUCUUGAUUCUAUCAUAAUUUAAUUUUAAAAGAUUAAUUUAAUUUAAAAAUAUUUAUGUUGCGCUAAAGAUACAAAUAUUCUAAAGUGUAGUUUGUAAUAAUAAUAUUAGACAGAUUUAGAUCGAGGACGCGGACAUCAAAGACGACGUGAAAAAAUGGCGUCAAAAUGCGUGACAUAUCCAUACAUGGGCACAACCCAUUUUCACGUCGUCUUUGAUGUCCGCGUCCUCGAUCUAAAUCUGUCCAAUAUACAUGCAGGUAUUAUGAAAUUACAAUAUCACGUAUCUAUUACAGGAAAGUUAAAAAAUGUAUCAUAAACUUAUCAAGGGCUAUACAAGUAUGUAAAAGGCUUUCUUAAAUAAAUAAUUCUUCAAAAGGUUCUUAAAAGGGGACACAUUAGAAGAUUAUCUUAUAUUUAAGGGUAAACCGUUCAAGCAACAGGUCUAGCUUCAAAGAAAGCCCCGUCCCCAAAAGUCUUGCAAGUUGUUCUUGGGACCACAAGUAUAGUUUCUGCUAGUUGGAUCUUAACAAUAAGGACCAGCCAUUAACCGAAGCAAAUGUUCUAGAUAAAUGGGUGCCUCACCGUGUCAGCAGCACUUUGAAAGCGAUAAGAGCAAUUUUAUAAACCAUGCGGUAACGAACUGGCAACCAAUGAAGUUUCCUUAAGACGGGCGUGUAAUAUGCUCAAACUUGGGAAUUAGAUAAACUACUCUACCGGGUGUCCCAAAAAAAAGUACUCCGGUUUGAUUCGUAAUAACGUCUAAACAAGUAAAGCUUUUAAAGAGAAAUAACUUGCAUCAACUAGAGCAAGGACUAACUUAGAUUUUGAUAUAUUACAGUGAUAUUUCACUUAAAAAUUUACGGAGAUAUUAUUGUUUAAAAUCGGGAGCAUAUUUCUGGAUGUGUCUGAAAUAUGCAAAAGACGGCGUAUCAAAUGUUAAUCAUGAUUUGCACGACUGAAACAUGCACUAUUGCCAGUAGGUAAAUGACACUUGACAAAUUGUUUAUUAAUGAAACAAUUAGUAUUAUUAUCUACAAAAUACACGCACGAUUUAUUCGUCCGAAUCCGCGUGUGUUCCUAGCACGAAUACGUUUCCUUUUUUCACGAGACCACUGCAUCGCGAACGAUCGUCAUGGAUCGUUCGUAGUUCUGAAUUAAGACAUAACAAGCAACUCCCCAGAGUCAUCCAACACUUUUGGAACAAAACGUAAGAAAAUAGUAGCGUUGAUAUUGUGAUGUGUAUUUGCAAAAAGCAAUAUUAUUUCCUUCAUUUAAAGAAUAAUAUUCAUCCUGCUCUAUAACCGAGAAAUAAUCAACUCUGUUUUGAACCCAUGAAAAACAUUAAAAAAUUAGGCUAUUUAAGAAAAAUUUAAGCGCCUGCCUUGCAUGGUCUUUCAUGCAUGUAUACCUUUAAGUUUGCAAAGACCUAUUUCGAACGUUCAUAUUUCAGGAAAAAAUUAGCUAAGACUUAAAUGUAAGAUGUCUAAAUCUACGCCAAAUCCCUUACAAACCCUAAUGACAAUUCGCUGAAAUACAAGUUAUAGCCUGAUAUGUCAUUAAGCAAACAAACACUGGCGUUAAUAUUUGAUAUGCUGAUUUUCGCUAAUUUUAGACACAUCCCAAAAUAUGCUCCCGAUUUUGAACAUUAAUAUCUCCGUGAAUUUUUAAGUAAAAUACAACUGUAAUAUAUCAAAAUCUAAGUUAGUCCUUCCUCUAUUUAAUGCAAGUUAUUUCUGUUUGAUAUCUUUACUUGUUUAGAAUUUAUUAUAAAUCAAACCGGAGUACUUUUUUUUGGGACACCCGGUAGCAGCAGCUUUCAGAAAAUAAGCUGCAAUCAAUUAAACGGAUACGGAGGUAUACCAUACAGAGAGUGACCAAAGCAUGGAUAAGUAUUUUAGUUGGGUCAGGAGAAAAAUUCUAAUAAACUGCGAAAUGCCCUGCUACAAACUUAAUGAUCACUGUAUAGAUAGUUGCUGUCUGGAACCGAUUAUCAAAAACUCAGUCUUGGUGUCAUUAAUUAACAAUCCAUGCGUAAUUAGGUCAGGCUCAAACAUCGACUAUGUAUAUUCCUCCAUUGAAUUCAUGGGAUCUUCAUGGGAAAACAAAGAAGUACUGUAGGCUUGAAAAGAUGCAUAGUUGAGUGUCGUAUGCAAAUCCGUGGGCAGAAUGAAGAUGCUUUGAUGAUGCUUUUAAAUAUUUCAGAAGCGUAGAGAAGAAAUAGAAUAUUGUUGUGGACUUUUAACAGGGCGGUCUCGGUAGAGUGAAACGUCCGAUAGGAAGAUUUAGUGGAACAGUGAUCUUAGAGUUAAUAGAACUAGUAUGAGGCUAAACAUGAUAUCAAGAAUUUUCAAACCGAGGUCUGAAUAAUUAACAAUUAUCAACCGAUUAGUGGAGGUUAAUAAUGCAAGCAACCAAUCCAAUUGCGCAAAAGCACCACCCACCUCCCAAGUAUGUGCUAAUUCUGGAUAUUAUACGUAAGCAGAAUCCGAUAAUUGUUUUAUUAUACGUUGAAAAGUACAAACGGGAAAGACAAGACUGGCUGCCGGUGGAAAAGAUGCAAUAAAUUAAUUUCCGAGUUUUAGUCCCAUAUAUCUGCGCUAUUAUAUCUGAAUGCCGGACCGUGUUCAUUUUUAGCAUUUUGACAGAUCAAUUGAUUAAGUGAAUAGUGAAUAGUGACUGUUGAACUGUUUACAACUGUUUCCUUCUUUUCAUUAAGGUCGCUGCAGAAUGGGGCCGAGGCAAAACGGCAAAAAUCUUGAUUGCAGAAGGAGCAGCUUGUUGUUUAUUGGACAUCACGGGUAACUCUGCACUGUGCGUGGUCAUUGAACAUCUACCAAAUCUCGCAGUCGAAGCUCUUAUAACCAAUUGCAUAUUUCUGAUGUGA